GACGGGGAGGCGGCGGCCGUCGAGGCCGGGCCUGGAGGCUCAGGACCCCCGCCUCCCUGAGCAGGAGGAGAAGGAGCCGCAAUGGCCCUGGCAAUGCCGGCCCCGCAGGUGAUACUUUGACCUUCCUGAAACUGUUUCUGAAUACUUUUUUAAUGGACAUCCCCGCUACCCUCAAACUGCCUGAGAUGGCAAGUCCGGCGAUCAGCCCAGACUCUUCUUCCCAUGAAGGACUCUCCUCCGUCAACUCCAUGCCUGCAUGCUCCCCCACGUCUGAUUCUGAGAAUCUGAGCCCAGAUGAGUUGGAGCUAUUGGCAAAGCUUGAAGAACAAAACAGGCUUCUGGAAGCAGAUUCCAAAUCCUUGCGCUCCAUGAAUGGCUCGCGAAGGAAUAGUGGGUCCUCUUUGGUCUCGAGCUCUUCUGCCUCAUCCAACUUGAGCCAUCUUGAGGAAGAUACCUGGAUCUUGUGGGGAAGGAUUGUAAAUGAAUGGGAAGAAUGGCGGAAAAAGAAGGAAAAACUGCUCAAGGAGCUCAUAAGGAAAGGAAUUCCCCACCACUUCCGAGCCAUUGUUUGGCAACUUCUGUGCAGUGCCACUGACAUGCCAGUGAAGAAUCAGUAUUCAGAGUUGUUAAAGAUGUCUUCUCCUUGUGAAAAGCUGAUCAGGAGAGAUAUUGCCCGGACAUACCCAGAGCACGAGUUUUUUAAGGGACAGGACAGUCUGGGCCAAGAGGUCCUCUUCAAUGUUAUGAAGGCUUACUCUCUAGUAGACCGUGAGGUUGGGUACUGCCAAGGCAGUGCAUUCAUCGUUGGACUGCUCCUGAUGCAGAUGCCUGAAGAAGAGGCGUUCUGUGUGUUUGUACGUCUGAUGCAAGAGUACAGAUUACGCGAGCUGUUUAAACCCACUAUGGCUGAGCUAGGGCUCUGCAUCUACCAGUUUGAGUACAUGCUUCAGGAGCAGCUGCCUGAACUGAAUAUCCACUUCCGUUCUCAAAGCUUCCUUACCUCUAUGUAUGCAUCAUCCUGGUUUCUUACCCUCUUCCUUACCACCUUUCCUCUGCCUGUGGCCACUCGAGUGUUUGACAUCUUCAUGUACGAGGGAUUGGAAAUAGUCUUCCGUGUGGGGAUGGCUCUUCUGCAAUUCAACCAGGCUGAACUGAUGCAACUGGACAUGGAGGGGAUGUCACAGUAUUUCCAGAAGGUGAUUCCUCAUCAGUUUGAAAACUGCCCUGAUAAGCUGAUCUUUAAGGCUUACCAGGUCAAAUACAACCCUAAGAAAAUGAAGCGGCUAGAGAAGGAAUACACUGCAAUCAAAAACAGAGAGAUGGAAGAGCAGAUUGAAAUCAAGAGGCUCCGUUCUGAGAACCGUCUUCUGAAACAGCGAAUUGAGACCCUGGAGAAGGAGAGUGCUGCUUUGGCAGAUAGAUUGAUCCAGGGCCAAGUUACCCGCGCACAGGAGGCUGAAGAGAACUACAUCAUCAAGCGAGAACUGGCAGUGGUUAAGCAACAGUGCAGUUCAGCAACCGAGAAUUUGCAGAAGGCUCAAAGCACUAUUCGGCAAUUGCAGGAACAGCAGGGAAAUCCCCGCUACUCUGAGGAGUUUGUGAGUCACCUGGAAACAGAGCUGGAACAGUCACGUUUGCGGGAGUCUGAGACCCUGAGUGCACUUAAAGAGAUGCAGGACAAAGUGCUGGACAUGGAGAAGAAGAAUAGCUUGCUUCCGGAUGAAAACAAUGUGGCCCGCCUUCAGGAAGAGCUGAAGGCUAUGAAAGUGCGGGAGUCUGAGGCUAUGAAAUCCUUUCGGGAACUGCAGCAGCAGGUGAAGGAGCUCAACGACAAUUGGCAGGCCCACCUGAGCCGGACAGGCGGGCGAUGGAAGGACUCUCCUCGCAAGAACACAAUGAAUGACCUCCAAGACGAAUUGAUGAGCCUCCGUCUGCGUGAGACGCAGGCCCAAGCUGAAGUCCGUGAACUGCGUCAGAGGGUGGUGGAACUUGAAACCCAGGAUCAGAUCCACAGCAACCAUUUAAACCGGAUGGAGCAGGAGUGUGCUGGGCUGCAUGAAAAGGUCCAGUACCUUACGGCCCAGAACAAGGGGCUGCAGACCCAGCUGAGUGAGACCAAGCGCAAGCAUGCUGAAUCCGAGUGCAAGAGCAAAGAAGAGGUGAUGGCUGUGCGCCUGCGAGAAGCCGACAGCAUGGCUGCAGUGGCAGAGAUGCGGCAGCGGAUUGCUGAGCUGGAGAUCCAGAGGGAAGAAGGGAUGAUUCAGGGCCAGCUCAACAACUCCGACUCCUCCCAGUACAUCCGUGAACUCAAGGAUCAGAUUGAUGAGCUCAAGGCAGAGCUGCCUAUUUCUGUGCAGGGCCUCCAGCUGGAGAACAGACAUAAGCGACUGGGGCUUACAAAACUGCUGAUUUCCUCAGGAGCUGAUAGAGAUCAGAAGUCAGCUUUUAAGAUUCGGCUGAUGAAGGGACAGAAGCCUUUUGAGGACUCCAUGGGCUUUGACGGCAUCCACAUUGUGAGUCACUUGGCGGUGGAUGACGACUCGCUGCACUCUUCCGACGAGGAGCUGCUGACCAGCCCCAUGGUGGUAGGUGCCCUGCAGGAUGUCUUGUAUCCGCUGUCGCCCCACAACACGCACUUUCUACGGGGGGCCGAGAGCUCCGGCAAGGAGAGCGACGGCACCACGGAUAGCGAUGCGGACGACCCUGCCUCUGCCACCGAGCCCAAUGGCGAGAUCAUCUUCGAAGAAGCCCUGAGCAAAUGAGGAAGUGGUGCUGCCGUCCCAAGUCUGUCUGGAAGGCACCAGGUCCUCUGGCCACGCUGUACUGAGGGUGUGGAGGUCAUAGACAGAUCACGCAAGAUGGAGCGGAGGUCCCCCUUACCCAGCAAAUACCGUGCUCCCGAGAUGGCAUGGGGGACGGACAGUCCUACAGCUGGCCUGCAUUACAUGGGCCACCUCCGUUGAUCAUUGUCUGCACUGCCUUUUUUCCAGCUCUGUUGUCACUGGUAGUUCAAAUCCAUGUAUUGACCUCAUUCACAUCUCCCACCCUCCCACCCACCGUUUCCACACCUUUUUUUUUCUUCUUUUUAAAAAAAACUUCCUCCUUACACACAAAGGUUUGCACACUUGAGAACUUUGAAGGGACAGCAGAAGCAACCAGGCCGCUGGUUCUAUAAAAUGCAGUCCAGUAGUAAUUAACCUCUGUCUCCUUGCUGUGCUUGGAGAGAUGAGAGGGGUCUGUCUUCCUUUUAUUUAUAUGCGAUCCCCUACCCUGCUGUUCUGCAGAGAGGUAAGAAGAUUGGAUGCCUCCACACUAGUUUGUGGUUUUCAGCCCAGGAAAGAAUGGAUAGAGAGAGUGCUUCUGAAGAGGUGGCUUGGAUCGAGAGAGAGAGCUUUUAUUUUUGUUUCUGUGUAUAUUAUUUAUUUAUACUGUGCAAUGCCAAUCCGUCUCCCUUACGAGGAGGCUUGGCAUAAAGCUUUAAGUUCAAUUAUCUUGAGGGCUUUUAAGGAGCAGCCAGAACUGCUUUUGUAGCUAAAGGUAUGACAUCUUUUCUAUUUAAUUGUGGUAAGGGAAGGGUUCCCCUUGGUAACUUCUGUGUCUCACUUUGCCUGAAGUUCUGUUCUGCUGCAACCAUUACAGGAGUUUAGGCGCUGCCUUAAUCCAUAUGGUCAGUGACAGUUCCUCCAGAAUUCCCUGCCUGGAAUUGUGUGAGCUGAUGCAGUAUUCUUUCUCAAUUCCACCUUUAUGGCUAUCUUUUCAAACAUUGGUUCUUGCAAAGUUCCUACCAAUGCCUGGCUUACUUCAGGGGGGGGUGGCAGUCCAUCAAAGCACCCAAACCCUAGGGUUUUUUUUAAGUAAAGAAGGGUCCAUUAUUGGACUUUUAGUCUGUUCAUGAUUUACAAGGCCAGUGCAAGUGGCUGAAUUUUUUGACACCUGAGCGAAUUGCCUAAAGAGUAUUUUCUUCUUGGCAAACAAAGAGAUGAGAAACAUGGGCUGCUUGGACAUCAGGUUCUGCCCUUUUUUAAAAAAUUCUUUUUUUAUUUUAGUGAAAAUGCACAGACUCUUGUAGUGGAACUACAUAUGAAGCAAACAUGAGGCUCCAAGCUCACUGUUUGCCUCCUAACACUAUUGGGUUGGGGAUGGGAGGGUUGCAGGGGAGAUCAAGUGGGAGGUGUGUGCUUAACCCUAGGUGCCCCUUCCAUUCUUGCCUCUGCACGUACGUGAACCUUCAGACAUGCUUGUAUAAUGUGUAGCUCUGCUCCACAGAAGCAGACCUCUGUUUGGGGUAGUGGGGGAAAAACAUUGAUUUCUCAACAAGAACGCUUGCCAUGGCCAGUGCUGACAUAGCCACACCAGCUAGAGGUAACCCGUGGAGCAAUGCUUUGGGAAGCGGCAUGGUGCUGAUUUGGUCCAGCCAAAAAUCACUCUGUAUUUGCAAUUCAUGGUCCUUCUCUUUGUUUUCAACACGGGGAGGAAGCCUGAUAAUUGGAUCCUUCCCCUCUUAACAAUAGAGUCCAAGAUUAAAAUCAGCAAGGCCUCUCUCGUGUCACACUUUCUUUCCACUUGUGACGGAGAGAUCUCAAGAACGUGCUGGUGUGCGAAAUGUAUUUUGUCUUGCAAGGUGUCUGAAUAAAGGCAUUGUUGCAAAUGAAGGUGGAGACCAGCUGGUGUUAGGAGGGGUUCCACAGAAGGUCUGUGAAGGAGGCGGUGAAGGAUGCCGAAUUCUGAAGAUGUGGGAUUUCCACCCUGCUGAGGAGGUAGGCAGCUUCAUUAGGCAACAUCCCUGGUUAUAGAGAAUGUUCCCUGGACAGUACCAGAUAGUUCCUAAACUGUGGGAUGCUUCUGCUUUUAGGGAAGGAGAAGCAUUUGUUGUCAUGGGCAUACUUUUCAUCUGUUUCCUUAUACCAAGCUUGUACAAAUUUAUGCUCCAUUUGAUUUUGCCUAAUUUCUAAAACCUGCAACAAUAAAUCUAAUGAAGGUUCUGUAUGAGAUGCAUGGACCUCUCUUUCUGAAAGAGGUCUCCAUGAUUUUUCACUUGGCAUGGAUUUGCAAUAUAUUUGGUCCAUAGUUGAAGGAGGAGUUCCUUUGGUUUUCUCCCCAAAUUUUAUGCUGCAUGCCUCUUAGCUACAGGCAAGCUUUGUUGGUCAUUUUACCUCCCCAACUCUGGAUUCCUCUAGUGAGGUUAACCCAGCAUUUACCCUGCAGAAGCAGGAGGACAAACCUGCACCCACUUGGCCCAGCCUGUCAGAUGGGUGGCCCUGAAGUAUUAUGUAUGUACUUAUAUGAAUAUGCCUGGGGGAAAGGCUCCAGUUUGGUAUAACCUUGCAUAUUUUAAUAGAUGUAUUCUAUAUAUACAUGCUGCACCGUAUUGCCAAAUCUCUGUGAUUUUCUGUACCAUUUUUCAGUCUCCUCUCAACCCCACCCCUUCAAUCCAGCAGCAUAGUAUGUGGUCCAAACAAGAGUUCAGCCCAAACUGUUGCUUUGAUCUCCUUGUGUCAGUCUGAUUUCAUUUAUUUGCUAGCAGUGGGCACAUGUUUGCAGUUUUGGAUGGCUUGUGAAACUGUUUGCCGGUUUGUGCAUCAUAAUUCCUAGCAAUUGUUGUUGAUACUUGUUUGUGUAGUGCUACCCGAAUGCUCGCUGCCUCCAAGGCUACAUGUUAGGAAGAUCAUUAAUCGCUGCUGUUUCUAAAUCUGGAGUAAAACCCCGUUGACUUUAGUGUUUCAGAUUUACGUUGGAGUAAAUGGGAGAAUAUUUUUGUUAGAAUCGAAUCCAAGCGGCUUCUUUGGCCUGUUUUUGUCAGGGUUUGGGAUUUGUUUUGCAUAUGAAAUUCACUUGGAUGUGCAGGCCUUACUUUUAAGUUUGUUCUAGCAUGACUGUCCCUGAAGUGACAUUGGUAAUACUACAUUAAUUAUUCACCUAUCUGUCACCCCUGUUGCAGUGGUUUCGAGACUAUGGUUGUAGAACAGGGCCAUAUGUUUUACCCAAAGUUUCUACAUAGUUGAUUACUCUGACUGCUGCUUUACCUGCAAAACACACUAAGGAAAUUUGCGUUUUCCCUUCCAUAUUGUAAAAGAAAUCACAGUGUGCUCAAAAUAAGUGGUUUCUCCCAGAGUUGUCUGAUCUCUCAGACUAGAUCCAUGCAACAACAGGAGAGUAAGGGACGAGCACUCCGGCAAGGAAUAUUUAUUUAUAUCCUUUUGAUGCUCAGAGCGAGCAACAUACAACCAUAUGAUGAAAUAAUUAUUUUGAAUAACAUGCAGUAAAGCUCUAAAAACAGUAGUUUAUUUUUAAUGAAAGCCUAAUUUGACUCCUUGGUACCAUGGAAGAAUGACAAGCAUUAAGGGCAAGGGCAGUUUUAACUUUGCUAUGAUUUGUGACUGAGCACAAGGGACUCGAUCUACUGCUUCAAGCUGAUGCAGCCUAUUUCUCCCCACUGAGUUUGGCUAAUUGCUAGGUGAGGAUAAUCCCCAGUGAGCUGAAUAACAUUAGGUCAUGUAGCUGAUUUUUUUUAUAUAAAAAACCCCUAACCUUAUUGCUUAUAUUGAAGUGAUUUACUUGCACAUCUACUUAAGGUCAUUAAAAACAAUCCCUUUAAAUCAAGAUAACAAAAAAAAGUAAUGUAUUGAUCUCAAAGGGAUUUUCCUAUUUCUUGUGAUCAUUGGCUUAAAAGGUAAUGGUGUGUUUGGGGGGCUCAUGUGAUGGAUACUUGCAUAUUGGAAGUGCUGGUCUUCUGCAUACUAUCCACACACAGAAUACAAAGCAAGCUUCUACCUUGGCAUAGAGGAUAGGCGAAGACUUGAAGCCCCUCGGUCUGGCUGCCCCAAAACCCUCUCAGGCAGCGUUGUGUUGGUGUCUUGGAGCAAGGGUUUUGUGCUGCAAGAGGCAUAGAAAGACCAUGCUAAGCCACCUGCCCCCCCUUCUCUCUUUGCCACCCUCACAAUCUUGCUUUGACUUUUGUAUUACAUUUUUAUAACACUAAAUAUUGUGAAUGGAUUUUAAAGGAUGGGGGGGCUGCAUACCUAUUUCUACCCUAAAUUAAGUUUGCACAGACCUUUUCUCUUCUCUUGAGCUACACCUGUGACUCUCCUGUAUCUCUAACAGCAGCAGGUUAUCAGGAAUCUGGCCUUCUGUGUUCGAUCGCCUACAGAUUCCUAUACUACGUACCAGCAAACGGUGGUGCCACCAUUGCGGAAAAACCAAUAUCCUAGAGCAGGUGGUUAUGUCUUGCUCCAGUCUGUUCUCCUGGGACGGGUAGGCUGGAGAUGGUGCCUGUGUGUGAUCUUUACUAGCUAUUGACAAGGUUCAAUUUGCACUUUAAUAGUAGCUCUUUCCCUUCAUCAUCGAGGGAAAACAAUGUGGUGCUGUGUUUAGACCGGGGUUGGGAGUGCUGCUUCUGUUCUCCCACCUCUGACACUUGACUUCUAGUUAUUCUCUACCUUGAAUGCAUCCAUCCCCUUCUUGUGCACCACAGCAUCCCCUUCUACAGAAGUGGGAGAGGCCGAGUGUACUCUUGUGAAUAAAUCAUAUGGCCCUUUGUUAAUUAUACUAAACAGAACUUGGCUUCCCAGACUAAGUCCCAGUGUACAAGCUGCAAAGACAAAGCAGAACUAGAGGGUUGAAGGAAUGAGUGUGUGCUCUCCAGAUUCUAGUUUGUUAUUCUAGAAAGAAUAACAGCGAGGAGCAGAGCUAAAUUAAGAGUUUCAGCACUGCCAUCCACCUAAUUGUACAUUUUCUGUCCUAGAGAAAGUGGCAACUGGCUCUGCCUGGUUAUGUUUUGAACAUGGAUGGACCAAGUUAGUGCUUGUGGGUCCCACUUGGUUAGCACCUGUGAAAUUGCCAACACACAUUGUCCCCUGAAAUGGUUUGCUGUGUUGCUUUUUAAUGUUUGAUAUUUUUUCCCCACAUGGUGGAAAAAUUGUAUGCAUAAAACACACAUGUGCCAUUUUUAAAAAAGUAAUAAGAGAGCCUGGCCCUAGGGCAAGAGUGAGAGUAAGACACAUUUUUCUGCUGCAACAUUAAGGCUGCUGCUAUGUAUGUGUAAUGCAAGCUGCAGAGCUGGAGUCCACAGAUCCAUUGCCAGUGCCCUUAGAACAAGCAUGGCCAAACUUGGCCCUCCAGCUGUUUUGGGACUAAAAUUCCCAUCAUCCCUGACCACUGGUCCUGUUAGCUAGGGAUGAUGGGAGUUGUAGUCCAAAAACAGCUGGAGGGCUAGGUUUGGCCAUGUCUGCCUUAGAAUGAAUGUUACAUCAAUCUGCAACAACUAUUUAACUCACACACACAUUCAUGAUCUCUGUGGGAGCUGGUAAUACAACCUCACUUAGGACCUGGCCUGUUCCACUGACUCGACACACAUGCCCACACACAAACCAUGAUGAUGUUAUGAUGGAAGGGUGCUUUUAGUGGUACCAGAAUUAAGCUUGACCAGAGUGACUUUGCAUCAGAAAUUGCUAUGAGGAGGAGCAAUGCAUCCAGACAGGUUAGUAGUCCUUAAAAGAAAGGAACAGUGAACUAAGAAGGUAGCACAGCUGAGGAGUUUUAUUUGAGCACUGCACUCUUUUUCAGCAUUGAAAAGUAUUAGCAGACGUCAUAAUUACACAAACACCACAUGUUAAAGGUUGGUUACUAUCUUUGGGUUUUCUGUAGUGAGUCUGAUGCUCCUCCUUCUACCCCUAUGUCGCCACUGUUUCAAAAAAAGACUUCUGCUGGGUGCGUAAAAAAAAUGUAAAAUAUUGUUGCUGUUUGUGUGGUAGUUUCUGAAGUUCACCUUAAAAUCCAGAAUUGCUCUAAUCCAGUGGGAGCAGUUGCCCAGCUGAUAUAAAGCAGCAUUGGAGGUAGUGGUACACACUUGCCACACCUUUAGCUAAAAAUCCAGCUCCAAUUUUAUACCAUCCUGUGGAACAGUGUGAAAUGACUAGGUGGUUGAAAGCCCCUGUAUUCUGCACGGCUCCAGUACUAGCCCACAGCUGCAUCUAUCCAAAGGGAAUGUGCACAUUGCAGUGCUAGGGCUUUCCAGGUUGGAAGGAAUCUUUCUCUCCCCAUAGUCCCCAACUGUUCCUCAAGUCAUGCAUUUAGUGUAACUAUGUACCAGUGUCCCUUCUCUGCUCCUCAGAAUAUAAACUGCCAUUCUUUUCAGCCCACACCCAUUUUAAAACAAAUACUGCUGUACAAAAUAAUAUCUGUACUUUCAAAAAAAACGACGAAAUAAACUAUUUACACUGUCUUAAUAA